AUGGCACUCAGAAUUCUUCACUCUAUUGCCAACCAAGCGCCAGCGGAGCGAGCCUUCUCUCAGAUGAAUAUGAUACACAACAAGCUGCGAAAUCGACUUGGUAACGAGAAGACCAACGUGCUAAUCUAUAUUCGAAUCAAUGAGCAAGUUCUGCGACGAAAAGACACUCAGACGAAGCGACUUCGAUUACCACCUCGCGAGCUACAACAGCAGACGCAACAAGAGCAAGAGGAGGAAGACGCCGACGAUGUCGUCGCCCGAGGACUUGACUACGGCAAUGACAGAAAGGACAGCGAUAGAAGAGGCGAAUUGGGUGCAAAUAACAACAAAUCACCCUCUACCAGAGUUUCAGGAGGCUCUACAACACCAGCCACGGCGAGACAUCGUCAAUCAUAG